CUUCCUCUGGCACUGGCAGCCACUACCAGCAGCAGCAGCAGCAGCAGCAACAGGCGAGAUGAUGCACCGAGGUGUGCGUGGUUCCUGUUGUUUUUGGCAGCAGCAGCACCAUCAACAGCAGUAGCAGUAGUAGAAACAGUCCAAGUAGUAGUAGCUGCACCGCUGAUCAAUACCUAAAUGGCCCCUCCGCAGCGAAUAGCGGCGGCCCAGCCCGGGUCUACGGGUGCACCGACAGAGAGUGCGGAUCAUCCAGUCAGCCUCUGAUGCCGCCGAGUGGUUCUUACGUUGAUUUGUGCUUAUUGCGUGUAUGUUUGUGCAUGCUUGGGUGGACAGCAAUCCCGCAUGGUGUCGGUUCAACUACACAAAACAAUCGAAAUCGGCACAGAAUACCGUUAGCCCGUACUGCAGUUUCGCGCUGUCAUUCGCGCUCUGUCCGGACCGGAGCAACACCCCCGCAGCGGCACGAGCUGCAUCAACAAGUCCCCCUCAAAGGUCAAUCCGACAGGCACCGACCACCUCAGCUCACCCUCUCCUGCAUCUCGUGGGAUUCCACAGCGUGCACUAUUCCCAGCACUUGAAGGUCGAGGCCUCCCGUCGGUAGCGCUGGUGGUUACGUGUUACUGUAGGAGCUGCACGGCCCAACGUGGGUCGCCAGCGUGACGGGCCACCAUGGCCGGGGAUGGCAUCACCUUCAUCUUCCAGUUCGGCAACUUGCGCGACAUCAUCACGGUCGAUUCGAGCGCGCUCACACUGAAGCUGCUCAAAGACCUGGCCUGCGAGUUCAUCAACAACAAAAUACCGGGCAAUGGAUUGAAUCGGUUGCCGGAGCGCCUGCUGCUGUUCCGUCAUGACUACGACUCGCACAAUGUGCUGCAGAUGGUGACGGCCGCAUCCGAUAUCGUCGACGAAACGUUGGUUGAGAUUGUGCUGACGGCAAACCAAACACUGAUACCGCCGACAGUGCCAAGCGGGGUGGGUCAGCAGCAGCUGGGAAGAAACAGUAACAGCGGUCCGGAUGAGAUUCCGCUCGUCCGACCGCACGCGCUUGCCGUCCAUUCGUACAAGGCGCCCACCUUCUGUGACUUUUGCGGCGAGAUGCUGUUCGGGCUGGUGCGCCAGGGUCUCAAGUGUGAGGGCUGCGGACUCAAUUAUCACAAGCGUUGCGUCAUCAAAGUGCCAAACAACUGCAGCAGGGUAGAGCACACCGGGGCGCUCCAGCAGCACCAGCAGUCGCAGAAUAAUGGUAACCGUCGAUCGGGCUCGUCUGGUGGCGCCGGUAGCGGUGGUGGUUUGCUGUCCUCGAUGACGGCUGCCGUCAUGCCGGCCCGUAGCCCAUCGGGUGGUUCGAGCAACUCGCUCGCCUCAGACGAGACGGCCGGCGCAGGAACGAUGCUGUACGUUUCUGGUGGCAGUACGACUCGACCGAGCCGAUCGCCCUCGCUGACGAACCGCGGUGCCGGUCAACCAUUCAAGAUCCCGCACAGUUUCUCGAUCCACACGUAUACCCGGCCAACGGUAUGCCAAUAUUGCAAAAAGUUGCUGCGCGGCCUGUUCAAGCAAGGCGUCCAGUGCCGCGACUGUCACUACAACGCGCACAAGAAGUGCAUCGAGAAGGUUCCGAAGGACUGUACUGGCGAGAACACACAGCCACCCGAUGCGCACGACGAUCGGAGCGUUUCGAGCGAUCGGGAGCACAGUGGGACAGGCAUGCGAGAUGGUGAUGCAGAGGAUGAGAGCGACCUGGAGGAGCAAAGUGGCCCAGUGCGCUCGAUUGGCACCACAAGCGGUCGUUCAGUAGACGACGACGGGAGACCAUCGACGCAGGGCAGUUCUUCGCUGAAGCAAAACGGGUCGCCAUCGGGAGCGGCACCGGCGUACCAUCUGCUCGACCACCAUCACGAUCACGACCCGGACGACAAUCACCGGCUGGAGGUGAUCUGCGAGCAAUCGCGCCAAUCAUCUAGCAACUCGUCGUCAUCGCCAAGCGCCAACAUACCGCUGAUGCGCAUCGUACAGUCGGUGAAGCACACGAAGCGCCGGGAUGGGCGCGCGAUGAAGGAGGGCUGGCUCGUGCACUUCACCAACCGCGAACGGGUCGUGAAACGGCACUACUGGCGGCUUGACUCCAAGGCAAUCACGCUAUUCGUGUCGGAUCAGGGCACUAAGUACUACAAGGAGAUACCGCUGAACGAGAUCCUGGCCGUCGAGACGGCCCGAACGCUGCAAGGCGAGGUGCUGCACUGCUUCGAGAUACGCACGGCGACGGUUGAGUACUAUGUCGGUCAGGAUCCGCUGUACAACGUGAAGCAGAAUGGUCCAAUGCUGACGCUGCCACCACCGGAUAGUGGUGUCGGGGCGUACCUGGCCAAAAGCUGGGAGACGGCGAUCCGGCAAGCGCUAAUGCCGGUCCAGUCGGCCACGGCCAAGUGCGAGUCACCCGGUGCCGGUGGUGUGACCGAACCCGAGGAGCGCAUCACGGACAUGAGCCAGCUGUACCAGAUAUUCCCGGACGAGGUGCUCGGUUCCGGACAGUUUGGCAUAGUGUACGGUGGCGUGCACCGGAAGACGCAUCGCACAGUUGCGAUCAAGGUGAUCGACAAGCUGCGCUUUCCUACUAAGCAGGAGGCUCAGUUGAAGAACGAGGUCGCGAUCCUGCAGAAUCUGUCGCACGCCGGCGUCGUCAAUCUGGAGCGCAUGUUCGAAACGCUUGAGCGAAUCUUCGUCGUGAUGGAGAAGCUGAAGGGUGACAUGUUGGAGAUGAUUCUGUCGCAUCAGAACGGCCGGUUGAACGAGCGAGUGACUAAGUUUCUCAUUACUCAGAUUUUGGUAGCCCUCAAGUAUCUGCACAGUCGUAACAUCGUCCACUGUGAUCUGAAACCCGAGAAUGUGCUGCUUUCGUCCGAUAACGAGUUCCCGCAGGUGAAGCUGUGUGAUUUUGGGUUCGCCCGCAUCAUCGGCGAAAAGUCGUUCCGGCGAUCGGUGGUCGGCACUCCUGCAUAUCUUGCACCGGAGGUGCUGCGCAACAAGGGCUACAAUCGCUCACUGGAUAUGUGGAGUGUUGGAGUGAUCAUCUACGUCAGUCUGAGCGGCACCUUCCCGUUUAACGAGGACGAGGACAUCAAUGAUCAGAUCCAGAACGCUGCUUUCAUGUACCCGCCCACACCGUGGAAGGAAAUUUCCUCCGACGCGAUCGAUCUGAUUAACAAUCUGCUGCAGGUGAAGCAGCGCAAACGCUUCACGGUGGACAAGAGCCUGCUACACUGCUGGCUGCAAGAGCUGCAGACGUGGAACGAUCUGCGAGCGCUAGAGGCACAGGUCGGGCUUCGAUACCUCACGCACGAAUCGGACGAUGCCCGCUGGGCGAGCAACGGUGCCGGUGCCGGUGCCGGUGCGAGUGCGCCCGGCUCUUCAGGUGGCAUCCCAUGACAUCUUCCUCCGGAAGUCCGCUGCAUUCACUCACCGGCAACGAAUGUACCGGAACGAGCCGGUGACACACCCGAGCCGCUACCAUUCAUAGAGGAAGUGUCGCCAUCAGUGACGAGUGAGCGGUCUAGCCGAGAUGCUGGGCUGUGCACCAUGACGACGGCGAGUAUUUCCGCUCCUACCUACCUGUCGAGCGCACCGACCAAAUCAAACGAUUCCAGCCACCCUCCCUCGUUGCUGCUGAACGACUUCCGCGGAAAAGUCUACAAAUGGGUACGUGGUCGGUUCUGUCGGUUAGUAAAAACCUAGGCAGCAGCAGCGGCGAGCAGUGGUAUCGCUCAAAUGCAAAAUUGAUAAACUCCGGCUCAUAACGGAUUUACAUACAUAGAUACGUACCUACAGAGUGCAGUACUUCGCCUCGGGCAGGUGCUCGACGACACCUCUCCCUCCACGGAAGGUGACAAUCUAGAAUCUCGUCGCCCACAGCCAGGCGUGCUCAAAUCAUUUCUUUUCCUUGGAAUCAUCUUUUACUACUAAAACUACUACUACUUCUAGUUACAAGCACCAAUUAGAUGCGAUAACCAAUUUUUACUGGAAUCUCACAGAACUGCGAAACACCACAAGCACUCUCCGUGUGAACUGGCGAUGCUCAUUGAAUGGUGCACCAGGUAUUAAUUACAAUCGCACAAGCAGCGUGGAUUCUUUACACGCGCUGGUGUGUACGUAUUUUGGACUGAACUCAACCAGUAGCGAGCGAGUCGCGUCAAAACGGUACUAAUAAUGGAACGGCAUUUCACAGUGCGUCUACGCACGCCCGAAACUACUCGAAGGACUCGCUAACUAUGGCACCGACACAACGAAACGGUUUCUCAACCCUUUUAUGAGCUGGGGUUUUUGUGACUUUUUUUUUCAUUUCGCGUAUUUUAUUGUUAAUAGAUAUUUUUAGUGAACUGCUACACCCACAAACAUACACACUAGGAAAGGCAUGCUAGAGCUCUUCUCAGUCCCUGCACUUCUCCUUUGCCCCUUGUUUAACAUUGAACGUACUGAUCGAUACUCCAAAAUUUAGUGAUUUUAUCGGAGUAACAAAUGGCAGCAAAAACCCACACCCACACACAUACCCAAAUACACAUAACUACGACGCCAAAGGCGUCAAACAUGGUGGCCAAAUUCAGGCGGGUAACGCAUCAAUACACGCACAAAGCCGUUGCAGGCAGCGCAGCCACGGCGGGGCAUCAGCUCUAGAGGAUGCCGGUUGCGUUGAAAUGCUGCGGAAUCUAUGUUAGGAGCAUAAGUAACUUAAGCUAACUAUAUAAAUUCUAAGAUGAACACCUUUACGUGGGAGAGGGAGGGAGGGGGGACGGGGCACCGGAUGCGCCAUUCGGAUGCGAUGUGUGGUGCCGUUUUCGGCCAGCCGGCCGGCCGGAACUAUCGCUGUAUUAAUUAACGAAUGUGAUUGUUUAUGCAGAUUCCAUUACUUUACUUACGUACUACCAACCUGGUUGUUAUUUUAUACAUUCCCUCACACACCUCUACCGCCCGCCGUCCCAAUAUUUCCACACAUUCGCCGCACGCAUCCUUGUUCUAAUGUUGAUCGUUUUACGUUACAUCCUUACUAUCCCAAUAAUAGAACCGUUGUGCGAAAGGAAAAAGGAAGAAGGAUGGAAAGUGAGAAAGAGAGAGAGAGAGAGAAAGAGAGAGAGAGAGAGAGAGAGAGAGAGAGAGAGAAAAAUGUGCGUGUCGAUGCGCUCCGUUCUGUAAAUUCCUCUGUCUGCUCUCAAACACACACUGUACACUGAGACAAAAUUUUCAAGUGCCUAUAAACACACAAUCGAGCGGCGGAAUCCCGGUGCUGAGUGAGCUCGCCACGUGUGCUAGCAGCGUUACCGCGUUUCCUCGUCGCCGCGUAUCGUCUAGCUAGCUAGCAGCGUAAGAGCUAAAGUACGGCCGCCCGUGCGUAUGCGUCUUAGCAGGUAGUAUAAAAACCGGCAUUAGUAGUAGACGAAGAAAAAGUUGAUGAUGAAGAUGAUGGUGAUGAAAAUGACGAUGACGAAGCAGAGGAAGCAGCUUUAGCUAUCGUGUAUGUACUCACUCACGUCACGCACUCUCGCACGCACGCACGCUCUCACGCAUACGUACGCAUACCUAUCACUUGGAUACCUCACGUUAACAGCGUCCUCGCUAUCGCUUUGCAUGUACUCGUAAGUGUCCCAUCCCAAUCUCCCUGAAUCCAAAACGAGAGGACGUGUGGAUAAAGAUAAAGAAAACUCAAAUGGCGUUGGCAAAUGGGGAGGGGUAGCGUCGAGUAGUCACGAAAAUAUCGGAGAUCGAACAACAGUAACAGCGAGGGCGAAAGCAAUAGCCCCUCAUCCCAACAGAUACAUUUGCUCAUUUGAUGAAACGCUCCCCGAAAAUUGUGGACAACAAAGGAUAGACUAACCCACGGACAUGUCCCAGAAAUAAUGCGCACAACGUAGAAGUAGUAGUAGUAGUAAAAAAAAAAACAAACAAGUCCAUACGGCGGAUCUGGAAGUAUCCCAAACGCACAACAAAACCCUCUGCAAAUGUAACUUAA